AUGGUUAGGGCGGAUGCUGCGGUUACGGUAAAGGUACUUCAACAAGCGACAGAAGCUGAUUACGGUUUCAGGCCUAGUUACAGGAAAGUUUGGAUGGCUAAGCAGAAGGCAGUGGCACAAAUAUAUGGAGAUUGGGAAGAGUCUUACGCGGAGUUGCCCCGUUGGAUGCUAGGGAUCCAGGCGACAAUGCCGGGAACAAUCACGGUGCUGAAGACGUCUCCGGUUCAGAUUGGUGGUGGGGUUGAUGAGUCGACGGUGUACUUUCACCGACUUUUCUGGACAUUUCCACCCUGUAUCGAGGCAUUCCGGCAUUGCAAGUCACUCGUCAGUAUUGAUGGUACCCACUUGUAUGGGAAGUAUGGAGGGACGCUGCUGUUGGCGAUAGCUCAGGACGGAAACUCGAACAUCUUGCCGAUAGCAUUUGCCCUUGUGGAGGGGGAAAAUGCAGAGUCGUGGUCAUUCUUCUUGUCCAACCUCCGAGAGCAUGUGACUCCUCUGGAGGGUAUCCUUGUUAUCUCAGACAGGCAUAAUGGGAUCAAGGCGGCCCUUGAGGCACCUGAGACUGGAUGGCUACCUCCUCGUGCUUUCCGGGCCUACUGUAAGGACUCAAGGCGGUUACUGGUCAAUGCUGCCUACGCCAAGACUGAGGCAGAGUUUUACUACUGGUUCGACAUCAUGCGGACUGAGAAUCCAGCAAUGUGUGACUGGGCCAACCGUAUGGAGUAUGACAAAUGGACCCAACAUGAGGAUGCUGGUCGACGGUUCGGGCACAUGACCACAAACAUCAGUGAAUGUGUGAACUCCGUGCUAAAGGGAACUCACAACCUGCCGGUCACAUCGUUGGUUAAGUCAACCUACGGGAGGCUUGCUCAGCUAUUUGUGGUCCGGGGACAAACAGCAGAGGCACAACUCGGAUCCGGCCAUGAAUUCUGUCAGGCAUUGGUCAAGGCUAUUGAUCGGAACCUUAGAGACUCCAGGUGCUUUACUGUGACAUUAUACGACAGGCAUCAGUCCGAGUACACCGUGGCUGAGACAACACCAACGGGAACGUUCUCUCUUGGUAGCUAUAGAGUUUCCCUUAAAGAUCACCGAUGCGACUGUGGUCACUUCCAGGCGCUGCAUUAUCCAUGUUGCCACGCCAUUGCCUGUUGCGCCUACUCCCGGCUAAACUGGGCGUCAUAUGUUCACGAAGUGUAUCGUAUGACUGAGGUGUUCAACGUUUACAAGCAGGGGUUUCUCCCACCUAUUCCUGAAGGCCUAUGGCCUCCAUAUGCUGGCCCAACCAUCAUUCCUGACCCUAAUCUGCGGCGUGCAAAGGAAGGUCGUCCAAAGGCAACCAGGAUCCGUAGAAGCAUGGAUCAGUCUCAAGAGAAUCAGCCGAAACGUUCUGGGCUAUGCCGUCAGCCUGGGCAUACGCGAAGGAACUGUCACCAGCGAACACAUAGUGGUGGAGGGGAUGCGUAG